CUUGGUACUUUGGUAGUGUUUACAUUCGGCCUUCGGGUAGUAGUUGGGUGAUUAUGUUGUUGAGGUUAGGGAAAGUUUUAAUAUUUUUACACUUUGUUAGUUUUUGCGAGUGUUCGUAAUUUGAAAUAAAACUGUCACAGACAUAAAGCCGCCGAAAAGACAUGGCUGCACUUGUGAAAGAUGUCGCAUUGAAUGACAGUCAUCCAAAAGAAUUGCUGCUACAGAAGCAUUCAGAUUACAUCGCUUCUUAUGGAAUGAAUAAAGACGAAUAUGAGUACUGUAUGACUGAGUACCUGCGAAUGUCCGGAAUGUACUGGGGUUUAACUGCUAUUGAGCUAAUGGGUAAUUUAGACAGAAUGAAUAAGCAAGAAAUUUUGGAUUUCAUUAGAAUGUGCCAGGAUGAAUCUGGAGGAAUAUCAGCAAGUGUUGGACAUGACCCUCAUUUGCUUUAUACAUUAAGCGCUGUUCAGAUACUUACAAUGUACGAUGCACUGGAAACUGUUGAUGUGGACAAAGUAGUACAAUAUGUGAAAAACUUGCAACAACCUGAUGGAAGUUUUUGGGGAGACAAAUGGGGAGAGGUGGAUACAAGAUUCUCAUUUUGUGCUGUAGCAUGCUUGUCUUUGCUUGGAAGGUUGGAUGCCAUUGACGAAGAAAAAGCUGUCGAAUUCGUUAUUUCUUGUAUGAACUUUGAUGGUGGCUUUGGCUCUAGGCCUGGUGCAGAAAGCCAUGCAGGACUUAUUUAUUGCUGUGUGGGAAUGCUGUCAAUUACAGGUCAACUGCACAGAAUCGAUGCAGACUUACUGGGCUGGUGGCUUUGUGAGCGUCAGCUACCAUCUGGAGGUCUGAAUGGGCGUCCAGAAAAGCUACCGGAUGUGUGCUACUCUUGGUGGGUCCUUUCAUCUAUGAGCAUGUUAGGCCGCCUCCACUGGGUAGACCGGGAUGCUCUUAUCAGAUUUGUUCUAGCAUGCCAAGACACAGAAACAGGAGGCUUCAGUGACCGUCCUGGUGACAUUCCAGAUCCUUUCCAUACCUUGUUUGGGCUGGCAGCAUUGUCAUUGCUUGGUGAGCCAUCAAUAAAGCCAGUAGACCCAACUUACUGCCUCCCUAAACAUGUGAUUGACAGGCUAGGCCUCAGGCCACAGAGACUGUCUGUAUGAUUUAACUGGCACAGAAACUGUUGAGAGAACAAUUUUAUAACAAGCUUGGGAUCACUUGUGUAUCAGGCUUUCCUGAUUUGACAUGUAAGAUUUUUCUGAAAUCAUGUAUUUUGUAAGAGACUCCAUCAAUAUGCUUUAGUGUUGAACUAUCUUUGUGAAGAGCAAUUGUACAUUAGUCCAACAUGCCAUUGUAAGUAUAAUAUCUCAGCACAGUGGACAUAAGUGACAAGCAAUUGGAGGAAUAAUAUUCAAAUACAGAAUUCAAAAUGUAACUGCAGUAGGAGUGACGAUGAUAAUUAUUAGAAAAUUGCUGUACACAUAUUCCAUGAGGUAUAUGUUAAGGACACUGUGCACCAACAGCACUGGAUUUAGUAUUGUACUCUGAAAUAGCUUCUAAAUGCCAUACUUGUCAUUUAAACUAAAGAUGGAAUUGUUAAAUGGAGGACAGUGGCAAAUUUACUGUCUCACACAGGCUGUAAAUGAUUUUGUUCGCAUGUUACCUGUGAGUGGCUAAUUUACUUUAUGAUAUUCUGUGCAUUUAAUUGUAAAUGUAAACAUUGUUUCUGAGGUUCACAGUGUGCUAACACAUCAUGUUAUUUUACUGAUCAGUAAUUAAUGUGAUGAAAGCGACAACUCUUGGUGUCACUUGCCACGUGUCUGUGGCUUUCUCGUUUCCUUUCAGUUUCUUUUUAUGUAUCAAUCACUUUGUGUGAAUGAAAACUGUGUACAAGCACAAUGCACUACUAGUGGCAGGAAUGAAAAUUUGUGUUUUAUAUAUAGCUUAUAGUAAUUUUUAAUAAGCUGUGGAUUUGUGUUUUGGAGCAGGACUCCAUACCAGUCUCCUUUUUUUAAAUAAUGAACAUAAGGAAAUUUACUGUCAUCUUUUAUGUGACUUAUACUUUUACCACCAGAGAGGGAAGUAGCAACUUUACAAUGAGUAAAGGUAGAAGUUGUGUGAUGUGUACAUCGAAGCAAGCAGAGUGAUUAUUGUUGUAUUGUUAUUUGGAAUAUUUUGUUAAUACAAUGAAUCUGGAUUUCUUAAACUUGUA